CCACAAAAUCUUCCCCCAAUUCGAUACGGAGCUUUUAGGGUUAGGGUUAGGAAUUCCAGCGCCAAUUUCUCCGCUUGAUUUUCACGAACGAUGGAAGGGCUUACGGAAGAUGAGAGAAGGGCUCUCAGAGGGAGCAAAUUCGCUCCUCUUCCAUCUGCAACCGUCCAGAUACGACCGCAACCCAGGGAGGCUCACCCUGGGGGACCAAUGAAGACAAACAAGGCUGCUGCAUUGGCUAAGUUUCUUGAAAGAAAACUUCAGGAGCCAAAUGGGUUAGCUUCAAUUGAUCCAAAGCUCGUUGAAUUAGCUGUGAAAAAUGCCAAAGAAACUGUUCAAUGCAGUGGAUCAUCAAAAUCCGGAAGAAUUGUUCACCAUGUUAAAUCCUUUGGAGACAUCGAGCCAUUGGAAGAAGAAGAUGCCGAGAGCUUAGACACUUGUUUAGCCAAGAAACAAAAGCAAAAAAAGAAAAAUAAAAACAAAGAAAAGAAUCGAAAGAAGAAACUGAAGAAUGCCGAGACUUGCACUGCAGUUGUCCCCGGAAAUCCGAAAAAGAAAAUGAAACUGUGAUAAUUUUAAAUGUGAAUUUGGGAUGAUGCAAUUUUUUUGGGAUGAUCCUCAACUCUAAAAUGAAGAUCCCUUUUAGAUUACUUACAGGAACAAACAAGAAAUAACUUUUGUUGCUAUACAGAAUCGAGCAUUAGGUCUC